AUGAAGUUCCACGCGGCUGUCCUUGCUCUGGCCUCUGUCGCCAUCGCCGCGCCUGUCGCCGAUGCGACGACGAGCAUCGCCGAGCGACAGAGCUCCAAUGCCGUCACCGACCAGCUCCUCUUCAGCCUGACGCUCCCCCAGUUCACGGCCCGUCGCAACAAGAAGGACCCGGCCACGUUGGACUGGUCCUCGGAUGGCUGCACCAGCUCCCCGGACAACCCUUUCGGCUUCCCCUUCCUGCCUGGAUGCCACCGCCAUGACUUUGGCUACCAGAACUACCGCGCCCAGGCUCGCUUCACCAAGGCCGCGAAGGCCAAGAUUGACCUCAACUUCAAGACCGAUCUGUACUACCAGUGCCAGGGUGUGUCGGCCAAGGGGGCCUGCCAGGCCCUGGCUGACGUGUACUACGAAGCCGUGCGCAGGUUUGGCGGCGGCGACGCUACCAAGCGGGAGGAGCAGGAGGAAGUUGAUCGCGCCUACGAGGAGGCCGUUGCGAGAUACGAGAAGGCCGUCAAGGAGGCCCAGGAGGAGGGUCUUCUGCCUGUUCUUGACUGA